AUGUUGUAUGUUCUCGAUGAAGACUUGUGUUAUUUUGGAGGUGAAGUUAAAUAUCUGGACUGGAUAGAUCCAGAUUCCUUAUCUUUAUUUGAAAUGGAUGGAUAUCUUGUUGAGUUUGGCUUCUCAGAAAGUGUCAGAAUGAUGGAGGAAUAUAGGCUGAAGAAUGGUUGGGCAUACUAUUGGAGACUACCAGGAGAACGACUGAAGGAAGGGCUACAAGAAUUGAGAAGUGACAAAGACAUUAUGGACAUGGCUGCAAAGGUUAUUCAAGUCUCUAAGUUUGUUGAGGUUUACCUGAUCAAUACAGAAGAAUUGACUAAAGCUAACCUAGAAGCAGACAAAGGAGAAAAUGAAAUAGAAGUUGGCAGAGACAUUCUCCAAAGCCCACUUGAAGUACCACAUGAUAUGGCAGAGGCAUUCUCCCACAACAAUGGAACUGAUGGUGGCAUUGAUGGUGGCAGCAGGGGAAUGAAUGAGGCAGAAUAUGAUUUGCCCUGCCAAAACAAUGUAGGGGAGGCUGAAAGAGAAGGUCACAGCAUGGAAGUUGAAAUUAAUAUUGAUGACAAUGUGGAGAGUGAUCUUGAACGAGGUUUGGCUGCUGAUUUUGAGGCCAGUGAUGGAAAUAUGGAGUGGCAAAGCAGUGAUGGGGUGGGUGGCAACCAUGACAUGUAUAUUGAUGAUGUAUUUGAGGUUCCUGAAGAGGAUGAAGCAUAUGAUUCCGAUUACCUAGGCAGCGUCCAUUCAGAUGAAGAAGACGAACUGCAAAGGGUUCCAACACGUCCAAGGUACCCUGAGUUCAAUCCAGAGAAAGACAUGAAUGAUCCCCAGUUCUGUCUGCACCAAAUUUUCAGGGAUAAAGACACUUUCAAGGAUGCUGUGAAGAAAUACUCUAUCAACAGCAAACAACCACUCAAGUUUAAGCAUAGUGACAGUAAACGAGUUCAAGUUGUAUGCCAACCAGGAUGUCCAUGGAACAUAUGGGUAGCCCCAACUAAUGAUGGAAAGGCAGUUCAGAUAAGAUCAUGUUGUCUAAGGCAUGAGGGUUGUGUCUUGGUGUUCAAGAACACAUUUGGGGAUGCUAAUUUCAUCGCCAAAAGAUACAUACAGAGGUUUCAGGCUGAUCCGGAUUGGGGAGCUGCAUCAAUUAUGCAAACAGUUGCAGAAGACUAUAAUUGGACUAUUUCAAGGUGGAAGGCAUGGAGGACUAAACGACUUGCAAAGGAUCUUAUAAGAGGCAAUGCUAAGACCCAAUAUCAUAAGCUGCAGGACUAUUGUGCUCAAGUUCGUAGGACAAGUCCCGGUUCAACCUGUUAUGUGGAAACAACUGAAAAUUCCAAUGUCUUCAAGAGAAUGUAUUGUUGUUUAGAACCUUGUAAGAAGGGGGCUGCUUUCUGUAGAAAGGUAAUUCUGCUUGACAGAUGUUUUAUGAAGACAAAAUAUGGAGGACAAUUACUGUCUGCAGUUAGUAUAGAUGGGAAUGGAGGGAGUUUUCCUUUGGCAUAUGCUGCAGUCAAAGUUGAGAAUGGAGACAACUGGACCUGGUUCUUAAACCAGUUGUGUCUUGAUAUCUUCAAAGAUCCAGGAUUGUGGACAUUCAUGUCAGAUAAGCAAAAAGUAAUGAUGUUUACUUAG